CAACGCAACGCACUCCAAGUGCUGCGCGCCAGGGAGGUGGAGUAGAGGAAGGACAUCGUUCUGUUUUUGAGCAUCGUUUUGGCAUUGUAUUACACCUAUAGAAAUGGCAAAGGAGGGAGCGUCUAUCACCGAGGAAACUGAACAGAUGAUAGAGGAGAAUGGUAUGAAAGAGCAUGGAAGUGUGCUGUCUGCAGUGGACACCAAAGAAAUGAGAGCGGUGGUGUUGACUGGAUUCGGUGGUCUCAACAAACUCCGAGUAGCCAAGAAAGCAAUGCCUGAACCGCAGGAAGGGGAAGUCAAAAUCCGCGUCAAAGCAUGUGGUUUGAACUUCCUAGACCUGAUGGUGCGGCAAGGGAAUAUUGAUAAUCCACCAAAGACUCCACUUGUCCCUGGGUUUGAAUGUGCUGGAAUAGUGGAAGCAAUGGGAGAAAACACAAAAGGAUUUGAGAUAGGGGAUCGGGUAAUGGCCUUUGUGAAUUACAAUGCCUGGGCGGAGGUUGUCUGCACGCCUCUGGAUUUUGUCUACACGAUCCCAGAUGACAUGACGUUUCCAGAAGCCGCUGCUUUCUCCAUGAACUUUGUGGCCGCCUACAUGAUGCUGUUUGAGGUCGCCAAUCUCAGAGAAGGCAUGUCUGUGUUGGUCCAUUCAGCUGGAGGGGGUGUGGGACAGGCAGUUGCUCAACUCUGCUCCACUGUACCCGGCAUCACGGUCUUUGGCACGGCAUCCUCCUUCAAGCAUGAGGCCAUCAAAGCCUCUGUGACUCACCUCUUUGACAGAAAUGUUGAUUACGUUCAAGAAGUGAAAAAGAUAUCCCCAGAAGGAGUGGACAUAGUGCUGGACUGCUUGUGUGGUGAAAACACUGGCAAGGGACUGAGCUUACUGAAGCCCCUGGGAACCUACAUCCUGUACGGUUCGUCAAACAUGGUGACAGGGGAAACAAAAAGCUUCUUCAGCUUUGCUAAAUCUUGGUGGCAAGUGGAGAAGGUGAACCCUAUCAAACUCUUUGAGGAGAAUAAAGUAAUUGCGGGAUUCUCGCUGCUGAACCUGCUUUUCAAACAAGGCAGAGCCAACGUGGUUAAGACCGUGAUGCAGAAACUCAUCUCCCUCUACGAUCAGAAGAAAAUCAGACCCCUGGUGGACUCAUUAUGGGCUCUAGAAGAGGUAAAAGAAGCUAUGCAGAGAAUUCAUGACCGUGGAAACAUUGGAAAACUCAUCCUGGAUGUAGAGAAGUCCCCUACUCCUUUGAUGGCCAAUGACAGCACAGAGACGAGUGAGGCGGGAGAGGAAGAGGAAGAGCAAGAAGGCGACAGUGAUAACAAGGAGCGCACGCCCUUCAUCCCGUAAUGACUGCGGCCUGCUUCAUCUCGGCCUCGGGGAAGGGCGGGGACAGUCCCAGGACCUGCCUUGUGCACCAUGAAGAAACACUUUAGUAGCAUGUGUGUGUGAGCGUGUGAGUGUUUGUCGUCCUUCUAUGGCUUGUGUUGAAGAGUGGCACUGACAUGCCAGUCCCAGUGUUUGCAAUAUUAAGAAUAUGUUACAGUUUGUGUUGCCAAAUUGUCGUUACCAGAUGCUUUGUCUUGUUUACAACCUUUUCUGGGUGUCUUAGUGUUCUGUUCCUCUCACUUCAUAGUGUGUGAGAGCGAAUUGGCAAGUGCGUGAGCGAAUUUGCGAAAGCACGUAGUGGGAGAAAAGGGGCACAUGAGCGUUUGAGUGGGUCAGUGAGUGAUUAUCAGAGGGUGCUGGUGUGCAUUUUUGUCAUCCUUACUAGAUGAAAGGAGACAAAUUUGUUUCUCAGUUUCUCGGGCCAAAGCAAGCGAUCCGUGACAGGGAUGUAGCGGGGUAAUUUCACCAGCCCAGUGGUGGUGACUGCAUCAAAUGAUCAUCUAAAUUCACUGCUCUCCCUUCAGAUUACACUAACACUGCAGGAGCCUGUUUCCAUCUCCCUGAGUAAUUCAUUUGCAGUGGGCACAGAAGGCCACGGAAGGGCACACCAGACGUCUGCCGGAGAGUUCUGCAGUAAUUACAGCAUUUUUCAUACACACGAGUGAGGCCACUCGCCAUUCCAUGCCGCAGGCUGAGAGCCAAGGGAGACAUGAAGGCAGAGCUCUGUGUAGUCUGCUUCAGUGACUCCCCAUGCCCACACACCAAGCAGCCCACCGUCUCUCCUCUUCAUAGGAAAACCUGAAAAAUAGAAACGUAAAGCAGAAGAGUGGAUUAAUGUGGGGAUUGGUGAUUGUGUGGACUGUAUUAUGUGUCUCUCUUUUCUCUGCACAUGUAAUGAGUUCUGUUACUGUAGUUAUACCUUCUCGUGCCUGUGUAUUGUAUCGGAUGCAACGCAAGCAAGUGACUAAGCAGGAGGCAGCCAGGGUCAGAUUCAGAUUUUACUGAACUGACAGGGAAAAGGCACAGUUAAGAAUAUUUGUGUGUGUGUCUGCAAUCUUACUGUUGGCUGUGCUGUCCAAAUAUGCUGACAUUGACUCUGAGGAAACCACAUCUUACUAUCGCCAUAAAAGUGUAUUAAUCUUUUGGUGAUUGUAAAUCACACAUUUUGGGUAAUGAAGCCAAUUUAUAAAAAUUUAAAAAAGAGAGAAAUUAAAAUAAACAAGAUAGUGAUUUAUAGGCUUCAUACUGAGAGCAAAGGCACAAUCUCCUUUUUGCAUGAGUACUUAAACAGAGCUAAGCCCUAUUUGUACGGGCUACGUUUCACCUGAGGACUUCCUGUGGACCAUUCAUACGGGAUGAAAUAAUCCCUGCUUUUUCACCCAUCGCUCACCAUGUCCUGAAUGUGAAUAGAGGGAUAGUAGCGAUGUGAUAUUUCCUGCUUUAUCAAGAAUUCCUGAUAAACCCAACCCAACAUUCACAUUAAUUUCUAAUGGAGAUUAUUUAAUAGUACACUCAGUGAGCACUAAAAAGCACAAAAUCCAUAAAAGCAUGGAGACAUGGUCAUAAGGUUCAGCUGUUUUUCAGACCAAAUGUCAGUAUGGGGAAGAAAUGUAAUCUAAGUGACCUUGACCGUGGAAUGAUUAUUGGUGCCAGACAGGGUGGUUUGAGUAUCUCAGAAAAUACUGAUCCGUAGUUCUGCAGUUGUUAAUGAGAGAGGUCAGAGGAGAAGGGCCAGACUGAUCAAAGCUGACAGGAAGGUGACAGUAAUGCAAAUAACCACUCAUUACAACAGUGGUAUGCAGAAGAGCAUCUAUGAACACACAAUCCAUCAAACCUUUAAGUGGAUAGGCUACAGCAGCAGAAGACCAAUACGUCAAAAGAAUAAGUCUUAAAAAUACCUAAUAAAGUGCUCACUGAGUGUACAUACCAAUCAGUCCCGCCAAAUGCAGCUAUAUCUGUAAUACAUCUCAUGAAUUUGCAAGAUUUUGCUUUUUUUUUUUCCUCCUCUAAAUUGUUCUCCAUGCUGGGGUGGUUGAGCGUGUGUAAUUUAAAUAAUAAUAAUAAUAAUAAUAAUAAUAAUAAUAAUAAUAAUCAUCAUAUUUCUCUAGCAGUGUCUCCACAGCAGCCUCCAUAUUCCCAACAAGGGCAAAGUAGUACCAAAAUUCAAGUGAACAAAUUCCAUUUAUGAAUGUCUAUUCAUAUGGGAUUAGUGUUAUCUAAGAACCUUGGAGUUGACUGAAAAACAACUUGGGUUAGGAUUUUCACUCUCCUGACCUGUAGAAAUUGCUGUGGACAAUUUGUAUGUGAUUAAAACCUCGGGAGAUAAAAAAUAACACUACAUGUACUGGGGUAAAACUAGUCUCUUACUUCACCCAGCACCUCUUGUGGAAGUUAGUGUCUCUGAAUAACAAACCAUUACAAUGUUGUCUGCACCCCCCAUCCAAUUGAAAUAAACCCUUACUACAUAGAACACUGUAGUAGUUUGUCCCUCAGAAUUGCUAACUUCCACAAGAGGUGGGGUCCAGUCCAUUUUUGUAAAGUAGAAAUAAACGUAUCUAAAAAUGUUCACAGAAACAUAUUCCCUUCAGGGUAGUUUGUUGCCUCGUCAGUGCACAGUAAUAGACUGGGUUUUAUAAGUUUCUGUGUAGCAUCAAAGCACUUUGAAUCCACAUAAAGGCUUUGCUUUCCAGGAAACAUUUUUUACAUUUUAUUUAGGCCAAAUUAAAUCAGACAGUCUUUCAUACACUACAUUUACGAUUCAGCUUUACUGAAAUCUCAUAUGAAUAGAAACAUCUGUACAUCUGUGGAUCACUGUGACAAACAGUACUGUAUUACUGUAUUAUAAUUUCAAAAUAAUCAAUACAUAAAAGCAGUCCCAGGCUUGCUGCAAUGAUUAAAUAAUGUUUUUCAUCUAGUAAUAUAGUAUAUGUAAUAUAAUGGUCAAUUUUAAAUUAGCUAAAUGUUUAGCUAUCAUUUUAUUCACAGUGGUCCGCUGAUCUUUCAUCGAUAUGGAAUAUUUGUUUACAGUACACAUAUCAAUGUAAUAAUUAAUGUACCCAUGCACAUUGUGUAAAGAUCAGUGGACCAGCACAUUGCCAACCAAUAACUUAUUGCCAUGAACUGAUAGUAUGCCCGGCUAAGAGCAGUAUUGAUCACAGCAAUAUCUCAUGAUUUCACAUCAAUAUUAUAUACGAUAAUCAUUUGAUGAGCAUUAUUUCAAACAAUUACAAUUACACCAGUAUCUCAAUAAAACUGGAAAAAAACUAGGACUACUGAAUAGAUUGAAUCAGCAUAUUUUUCAUUAGCCAUUUGCUUUGCAUUAUUUCUGUUACUAAAUGACACAAAUCUGUGUCUUUGUCUUUCUUGAAAAUGUGAAAUUGAAAAAUGUACAACAGUUUCACUUGCAUUUUUUAUGAAGGUUUUCGACUCUACCUGCAGCAUAUAACUUUAUGUGAUUAGCUAAAAUGCACAGAUUAUUAUAGUCCAUUACACCUUGUGGGAACAACAGCAGUUGAAUUUAUGUAUUUGAAAAUCAAGGAACAGCAUUGUAUUAUCAUUCAAAAUCAGUGUGACCUCAGAUACAUUUCAGCAGAUCCACAUUUGAAUCUCUUUGCCUGUCCUCAAUAUGUUUCAGUCUACAGUCUAACCUACAGUGUAACUUGUGAGUUCAAUAUGAUAGUGACUUUUCAAUUUGCCUUAAAGAAAUAUGAAGAGGAACAGUGCAUAGAUGUGUUUGUCAGUUCAGCCCAGGUUACAGGCAAUUAUGUGUUGUGUUAACUGUAGCCUAUCUGUUGGUCUUAGUGCUGUUGUUGUUUUGUGAAAACAAUCCCAGUCAUGUUUACAUGAAUAAAGUCAGCAGCAGAGCA